AUGGCCAAUCCCAUUAGGCCCAGGCAGCUGAUAGGCCUAUUUGUAGACCACUCUUUCAUCGGGCGUGCAAGUCAGGAAAAUUCCGAAGGUCUGACUUCACAAUUCCCAGGCAGCCCGCUCAACGGAUUCAAUAAACAAGGUUCCGUCAGGAAUAACUCCAAUGGUUCCUUAGACUCACCUAGAGGUCGAAACGACGCCGGCGACCUCGCUCGUAGCGCCAGUUUCCACGCCACUCCCAACCAGGACAGCCAUCGCGGGCGGAACGCAAACCAUCAUCUGUUGUCUCGAGAUCGAGACAACAGAUCCGUGUCUCCAUCUCAACGAAGGAGUGGCGGGCGCACCGAGCCUCAGUGGCCAUCCCGUGGAAUGCCCAACACGCAAACGAUGCGCGAAUCACAAAACACGGACUUGCCCAAUAGGACGAUGUUUGAAGACGACAUCGCCGACGGGCCACCUGGUUUUUCUGCGCCAUUAUCAGCGCAACCCAUGGAGACAUUCAUGGCGAUGUCAACGCGAUUUGGUUUGGAAGAGCCUUUUCAGGCGUUUGCGUUGUACCAAGCGGAGGUCAAUGGCUAUGACCACCGCCACUUAGCUCAAGCCACGGCCAAUUCGAAGCUCCUGAUGGAGCUUGGACGUGUCAACAGCAAGAUUGACACGUUAAACGGCCAAUUGGCCACCAUCACAGAGGCAGUCAUUGCCCUCACGCGAGCUCCACUUCCCGCACCAGGUCCAGGUGCCACUGGAGUGGUGGAACAUGGCCCACUGGGCGACUCUUCCGGUGGGGGAAAGUGGGUAGCAAGCGCGAAACUCACGGGCGUCAUUAAUCCCUUGGCACUCAAGCUUCUGUUUUCCCCUCUACUCGAAGCCUAUACAGCUAUCGAAACUCGGGCAGAAGGGUAUCUGCCCAAUUCAUUGUUUAAUACAAUCAAGAAAAAGGUUGUGAAAGAAGGCGCUGCCUUUGCAGAGGAGCACCUUCCCGUCCAGGUCCUUGGCGUGGAAGACGCCAGCGACACCCAAGCGUACACCAGAGCGCUGAAAGGCGCGGGGAAACAAGCCAGAGAAAAGCUACAUAACGUGGUAUGUUCCAACCUUUGA